GAUGGCGACUCAAGUUUGUGGAGACACUUCCGAGGCAACAGAGCUGUGCGCUACACAGCGUUUAUAUCUUAAACCUACGGCCAAACUUGGCAUACAUGUCACUUUACCAGAGAUCAAGGUCGCUGGAGUGUCGAUAUCUAACUGGGAAGUAAUGGAGAGGUUAAAAUCGAUGGUGGCACCAGACCAAUUCAACGUGUUAAAAGUUGUUGAAUCUUCGAUGGAGUUCAUUCGCUUUGAGGGAGAAACAGACACCAAAGGUGUAAUUAUAAAAUUUAUUUCAAAAUUAGAAGGAAAAUUUAUAAAAUUAAGCGGAUUCGCGGAACCCCUCAAAGUUCGGGCAGCGGAACUGAAGGUGAAAUUUCCUUCUGUGAACGAUUGGAAUUCUUUCUUCAGGGAAGCAGGGAACUUAGACGAGCGAAAUCCAGGCGAAAGACCGGACACUAUUGUUAUCAAAGGAUUCCCGUGUAAGUGGUUUGCAGACGAUGAUUCAAAGAGCAAACCAAGUGAAGAUGUUUUGGCUUCUGUUUUUCGUCGUUUUGGCAAAAUCCGAUGCGUAGAUAUACCAAUCUUGGAUCCUUACAGACAGAAGUUGUCAAACAAUGAAUUUCAAACUUUUUACUUCGGCUCACACCUGCACUUUGAUGCUUUUAUUCAAUAUAAUCAAUACCAAGGGUUUUCAAAUGCUAUGGGAGCAUUAAAAGGAAUGAAAUUAAUGCACAUUUCUGAAGAAGGACGUGCAGCCACUGCUAAUAUCCAAGUGGAUUUCGACAGAACAUGUCAUUUGUCAGCCAAAAACAUUAAAAAAAGAGAACAAGAGAGGCUGAAGUUGAUUGAAAUGGAAAGGAAAGAGGAAGAAAGGAAAAGAAGAGAAAAGGAGGAGGCAGAGAGACAGAAAGAAAUGGAACGUCUGGAAGAAGAAAGAAAGGAGGCUGAACGGAAAAAAAUUUUACAAGAUGCAAUCAGGAGAAAAGAAGAAAGGAAAAGGGCAAGGGAAGAAAAGAAAAGAAAAAAACGUGCAGAAAGGAUCAGGAGGGAGAUUGAACGGAAAGAAAGACAAAGGCAGUUAGAACGGGAAAGGGAACAGGAAAAAGCAGAACAAAAGAUAGGCGCCAAGAGGCUACUUAUGGAACUUCUUCAACGUGUGGCUGCAGUGAAAGAACAGGAAGAGGAAGACAGAAAAAAACUUGAAGAGGAAAGGAACAAGAGACUAAAAGAAUUAGAAAUGCUGAAACAAAUGGAAGAGAAGAAGCGAAAACUUGAAGAGGAAGAGAGAAAAAGGGAGGAAGAGGAGAAAAGAAAGAAAGAAAAACUUGAGGAACAAGAAAAAGAACUGAGAGAUAAACUAAUCCAAAAUUUGAAAAAGAUGGAACAACGAAGAGAUCAGUUAAAGAAGGAGCUGUUGCAGAGACAAAUAGCAAGCAGCACUGCUAAACUAACAUCUUUUGUCAAUGAUACUAGUACUGGAAAAUAAAGAAAUAUCUGGGACUGAGUGGUAAAAUUUACUCAACCUAGGCAUCUUGCACUUGGUUCAUUAGAGUCAUUCUGUAAGCAUACUCUCUGUCUGGAAUAAAGGGAGUAAAUUUUUAAAGAAACUGUGGUGCUGCAUCCAUGGGGAAUAUUGCAAGAUAAUUUGUCUUUUUUUAAUUGAAUUGAUAUGUUAAUUGCCACUAUUAAGAGUUUCUAAAGCUGAUGUUUCAAGCAAUAGCCCUUUGUUAGUCAGAGCUCUUUACAGUGGCCAAUUUGCAUUAUCAACUCAUAUGAUAAAACCAAAUUAUCUUUGUUUGGAAAUUGUGUUGGGAGGAAAGACAAUAAUGGGUGAGCAGCAUACUAAGCAGGACUGCUUGUUUCCCCUUUGUAAGCCUUGUCAUUACUGCAUUGAUUCUUGAAUAAAGAGCUCAGUUGUAGGCUUUUCCAGGGCAA